AUGGUAGGUAAUCUCCGUAGCAAUGAUGACGAAAAUGACGAAAAACGGUUGGAUGAAUUAACGAAAGAAGAAGUUUAUCAAAUGACAUUUGACAUGCAUGAGGAUGGAGAAACAUUCUAUAAUGCAUAUACCAAAGUGAACGGCUUUAGUAUUCGGAACUAUAAUAUGCACAAGGACGAUGCUGGUAUCGUGAAGUCAAGAAAUGUCACAUUGGAGAGAAGUUCUGGCAAGUACUUGGUUAAUAACUUUGUGAGUGUCCACAACCAUCCCAUGAUAAGGCCUUGUGGUGUCCCUUUUCUCCGCUCCCACAGGAAGGUUAGUAGUUUUGAUAAAGCCUCGACCAAUACUAUGCAUAAAGUAGGUAUUAAAACAAGUCAUAUAAUGGAUUUCGCAGCGCAACAAUCCGGUGGAUAUGAGUCUGUCGGAUACACGCAAAAAGAUCUUUACAAUCAUUUUACAGCUCAGCGCAAUAUAGAGGUUGCGGACGGUGAUGCAGAAGGUGCCUUAGCCUACUUGUGUGCGAAAGCCGAAAAUGACCCCUUGUUCUAUUUCAAAUAUGACGUGGAUGAGCAAAAUCGGCUAAAUAAUUUAUUUUGGAGAGAUGUAACAUGUAGGACAGAUUAUAUGUGUUUUGGAGAUGUGCUAAUAUUUGAUUCGACUUAUCGGACGAAUGCGUAUCGGAAGCCAUUGGUGUUACUAGUUGGAGUUAAUAGUCACUUUCAAACAACAAUUUUUGGUUGUGCAUUGUUGACUGCUGAGACAGUUGAGACUUAUACAUGGGUAUUGGAAAGAUUUCUUGAUUCCAUGGACCACAAGAAGCCUGUGUCGGUAAUGAUCGAUGGGGAUAAGGCUAUGCGGAAAGCAAUAAAAACUGUGUUACCUGAUGUUAAUCAUCGUUUAUGCAAAUGGCAUCUUAAAAAAAAUGUUGUCAGUAAUGUCCAUGUUCCCGAAUUCUUAGCUCACUUUGAGAAAUGCAUGUCAAUGUCAACUGAAGAAGAGUUUGAAGUUGCAUGGAAGAAUCUUUUGGAUGACUAUAGCCUUCACCAAAACCAGUGGGCGGUAGAUGUUUAUAAAAAGACUUUAUGGGCAGAGGCAUACCUGCGAGCAUUUGAUAGGGCUCUUGCAAAACUUCGUCAUAACAAGGCUAAGGUACAAGUUGAAAGUGUGAAUAGUACUCCGGUUCUUUCUACAUGCAUGAAACGAAUUGAAAAAUAUGUGGCUGAUAUAUAUACUCGAGGCAUAUUUAACAAGUUUCUCAAAGAAAUUAAGAAAGAGCAAUCAUUGUUUAAGGUGGAUAAAGUUGAGAUUUUCGGGUUUACUACUUAUCUCGAUACCAACAGUCAGACGCCACGUGGAGUGUCAACUAUCAGCCGAAUGAUGGCAUCAUGA